CUUCUUAGAUGGCGCUCAAUAAUCAACGUGGUGUUAUAGUGUCAAUAAUUAUUUGAGAGUAGUACUGAUUUAUUUUGUUGUAAAUUAUAAUGGAAGAUGAACUGACAAAUAAAACAUUAGCAGGUAUUCCUUCGUUACAAAUAAAAGCUGGACCUAGAGAUAAAAAUUUGUGGGUACAACGAUUAAAAGAAGAAUAUCAAGCAUUGAUUACGGUAAUCAUAUGUAUUCUACUUUCUAAACAUGAGAGUUUCCAUAUGUUAGAAUCAAAUAAAGAAGGUACAAGAUGGUUUGGAAAAUGUUGGUACAUGCAAAAUUAUUUAAAAUAUGAAUUUGAAGUAGAAUUUGAUAUCCCUGUAACGUAUCCCUCAACAGCACCUGAGAUUGCCUUACCAGAAUUGGAUGGUAAAACAGCAAAAAUGUACAGAGGUGGAAAAAUCUGUUUAACAGAUCACUUUAAACCAUUAUGGGCACGUAAUGUACCCAAAUUUGGUAUUGCUCAUGCCAUGGCUCUUGGUCUUGGACCAUGGCUCGCGGUAGAAAUACCUGAACUUAUACAAAAAGGAAUAGUAGUGCAUAAGGAAAAAAAUGAAGAAAAAAAAUAACACAUACUUUAUAUAGAUUAAAUAAUUAGAAACAAAAGAAAUACUUGUAUUUUAAAUGAUAAUUGUUAAAAUAAUGUGUUUAUCACAUAUGCUUUA